UAAUUUAAACCUAUCAUCUUGGCUGAUUAGGGAGAGCAUAAUGGCAAAAACUUAACGUUUUUAACGUGUUUAAUGCUAACGCCCAUUCCAUCUACUGUUUUCAUUUAUACGGUACUGAAACGAUUCAUCAACCUGCUACAUGUGACAGAGACACGAGAUCAGGAUGAAAAAGUUUCGCUUUUAGAUGGGCUGACAUGGUCGCCUUACAUUUUAAGCUCUCCACAUCUGCCCUCUCCUGAGGUUUCUUCAUUUCCGUCAUGUUGCUUCAUGUUCUGCUGUUGCUUCUGCCUGCAUCUGCUGCCUCUCCCAUCCAGUGUUAUGAUGAUCAGGGGAAACCUGUUGACUGGUUUUACCUUUACAAACUCCCGCACCUACAUCAUGAGCCUGCACAGGAGGGGCUGAAGUAUUUGUACAUGGAUGCACAGAGUGAAGGAUGGGAUGAUGGGAAGACUUCAAUUAAUGACAGUCAAAGCUGUGUUGGUAGAACAGUCGGGCCUUUAUACGAGGGUGGAGAUGUUGGGUACAUCUUAUAUAAUGACCAGCCUCCAAAACAGAAGGAUUUAGGAGAUGCAAGCAGGACCUGUGGCCACACCAAAGGUGUUGUUGUCUUUGAUAAACAACAGGGCUUCUGGUUGGUACACAGCACGCCUCAUUUCCCUCCUCCCAAAGCAGAGGGGCAGUUUUCGUACCCCAGCACUGGCACAACUAAUGGACAAAACUUUAUCUGCGUCACUUAUCCCUUUGAGCGCUUUCAGACCAUCGGUGAGCAGUUGAAAAUCAAUCAGCCUCACAUCUACGACUGCAGUAUUCCUGAAUCCCUGGCUGCCGCUGUACCUGCCAUGGCACAGCUCUGUAAACAUAAUGUGGAUAAAUGGGAAAACGUUUCCGCCUCUCCGGCCAAUCGCAGCGUCUCGCUCCUCUCAUUGGCUGGAACGGAGUUCAUUAGCUUUGCAAAAGGUGCAUCUUUCGCCAAUGACCUGUAUCACUCCUGGGUGGCACCCACUCUACAGUCUAACCUGCUGGUGCAGUUCUGGCGUCGCUCCACGGGCAUCCUGCCCUCUGACUGCUCCCCGAGCUGGGAAGUCCUGAACGUAGAUCUAAUUUCCCCGGGCCAGCGUGUAACAUUUAAGACCACGGAGGACCACUCCAAGUGGGCCAUCAGUCCCAAUGGUGAAACGUCUGGCGGCUGGGUUUGCGUAGGAGACAUCAACCGUGAUGAGGCGGAGGAGAAGAGGGGCGGGGGUACGGUGUGUCGCCGAGAUGCUGUGGUGUGGAAGGCCUAUCGCACCGCUGCCCUAGAGUGCGAAUCCUGCAGUGGUACAGUGCAGGCUUGCGAUAAAGCUUCACGAUGAUGAACAUGAACUCAUGAGAAAGAACAUAAACAGGAUAAUACAGAAUGAUUGCUCAGGUAUGAUUUUGAUUCGAUAAGCCUAAAUGUUUUUUUUAUUACUUAACGUUAGCAAUUUUAUUAGAAGGUGAUGUUGAAAACCUUUAAAUGCAAAUGCAACAGGAGUGUGAAGUUAUGCUUACAGCUUCAUCAUUUUAUGUCACAUAUCAUAGUUUUAGAUCAUUGAGUGUUUUUUAUUUUGUAUUAAGAAGAUAAGGAAAAAAUUUAUUUGCAUUAUUGAUGACAUCUAAACGUUUUGUGUAAAAUAAUAACAUUCAUUAUCAAAUUAAUAUCAGAGUAAUGUUUUCAAUUUUUUUUUUUCAUAUUUUAAACAAACAAGCCCAGCCUCAAACUCACACUAUUUGUUGUGCCAAUUCCUAGUUUGGUGCCAGUUGUUGUGCAAAGUGGCACACUUGAACUUUAACUGUAAGAAACCAGUGGUGCAUUAUGGGAAUUAAAUUGAGAUGUCUCUAGUACAAAUGCUUCAUUCAAAUCUACUGUUGCAUAAAAUGAAUCUGUCACUGUAUAACAUGUUAUUUACAUUAAUGCAUUAAUAAAGUAAAGCUCAAAGUAA